AUGGCGUGUAUUCAGUCCCCAAGAGGAAUCUGUAGAGUUAACAUAAGUAUUUCUGUGUCUUAAUUGGAUUUAAAAACAAACAUGAAGAUAGACAACCAUAAGUUAAACUCCAACGGAGUCUCCAAUGGAAAUGAUGAUGCUGAUAACAUCUCACAUCCCGAUCAAAGUUUCGAAACAAGAGCUAUCCACGCAGGUCAAAGUCCUGACCAAUGGGAAUCAGGAGCUAUUGUUCCUCCCAUCCAUACAGGAUCGACCUACAAGCAAGCAGAUCCUCAAGAACACAGUGAAUAUUUUUAUGGAAGGAUCGGAAACCCAACAAGAAGUACCCUAGAAACUUGUAUUGCCAGUUUGGAUAAAGCGAAAUACUGUCUAACUUUUGCUUCUGGCCUUGCAUCAAUCGCAGGAGUUGCUGGACUUCUCAAAGCUGGUGACCAUGUCAUCUGCGGAGAUGAUCUUUACGGUGGCACUCACUACUACUUCAAGACAAUCGCUAAAGAUAAUGGUGUAGAAGUAGACUUCAUAGAUACCACUGUAAUUGAAAAAUUGGAGAAUGCCUUCAAACCGAAUACGAAGAUGGUAUACAUUGAAAGCCCGACCAACCCUCUUUUGAAAAUCAUGGACAUUCCACGUCUUGCCACAGCAGUUAAAUCUGAAUCUCAUGAUAUAUUAUUUGUUGUGGAUAAUACAUUUUUGACACCUUAUCUUCAGAAUCCUUUAUCAAUGGGAGCUGAUGUUGUUGUUUAUUCACUAACAAAAUACAUGAACGGCCACUCUGAUGUUAUCAUGGGCGCCAUAACUACCAACAGUGAUGAUUUAUAUAAUAAAUUAUCUUAUAUUCAACACAUUGGAGGAUCCGUUCCUUCUCCUUUUGACUGUUACCUCAUGAACAGGAGUUUGAAAACUUUGUCAAUACGGAUGGACAAACAUAUCGAAAAUGCGACUAAAGUUGCCCAGUUCUUAGAACACCAUCCUCUUGUAGAAAAAGUUCUUUAUCCAGGUCUGGAAUCUCACCCACAAUAUAAAUUAGCUAAAAGAUUAUGGCAUGGACCUUCUGGAAUGAUCUCGAUAUUCUUAAAAGGAGAUCUGGAAAUGAGCAAAGCGUUUUUGAAAGCUUUAAAAGUUUUCGCUCUUGCCGUCAGCUUAGGAGGAUUCGAAUCACUUGCUGAACUACCAACAACCAUGACACAUGAAGGACUUCCAGCAGAAACAAAGCAAGAAUUGGGCAUCACAGACAACCUGAUCAGACUGUCCGUCGGCCUGGAAUCAGCAACAGAUCUUAUCAAAGAUGUUGACCAAGCACUGAAAGUAGCUGCAAACUUCUACAUUCCAUCCUAACUUAGAAUUUUAAAAUAAUCCUGCGAUCUGAAAUUUGUGAAUUUAAUUAUAAUUUAUUUAUUUAUUUUUCUUAUUGAAGUGAUUCGAUAUCAUUCGAAUUGCCUAAAUGAGACCUAAGUCAUUGAGAUUGUUUCUUCCUUUCUAGCUAAUCCUUGAAUACUUCUAGAAAGUGAAGAGAAAAUGAAUAAUAUAAAUAUUAAAUUAUUUCUCAUUUAUAACUAACUUGAAGUAAAAGAUAAUUGUUUUAGUCAUUAAUGUUCUCCUAUUAUAUCAGUUCGCUAUUAGUUUUUAUAUGCUAAUAUUAUUUUUAAUUUAUAAAUAAUUUAUUUUAAGGAUUAAUGAAAAUGUAUUAUCACUAAACAGUAUUAGUAUUG